AUGUUUUUUCGAAUCCCUCGGCUGACCCCUGGAUAUAUUAGAUACCUCCAGACUCAGGCAGCCCAGACCGUGCUGCAGAGCCGUGUGGGUCCUGCGAUGCCGCGCAUGGCGUUCCUGCUGGGGUUCAUGGGCGUCGGUGUGUCCGGCUACAGCUCCCGCCAACUCACUCUGCACUACAAGCCGGCGAGUAACCUCUUCAGAUGA